UGUUACUCUCUCACACUGUAUUUGCGCGUGUGUGUCUAUGUACUUGUACGUACUCUCUAUAAGUCACUUUACACUCUGUUCGCACACGACAUUUCCACUGCCAAUAUAGCAAGAAGCUGAAAAAAAAACUUUUGAGGCUACACUGUCUGUGAUAGUAGCCAUUUUCGAUUUUUUUCUCUCUAUGUCAAAUCCGAAGGAAAGGAAAAAAUAAUUUUGAUUGCGGUCGUAUAGGCGGGUAUAUUGUGAUGUUCGCGCUCUCAUAAAUGUAAAAGAAUAUUUAUCGAAAGAAAAAUUUAUUAGAAAAAAACCACGAAAAGCAGCAGAAUAAAAAAAAGAGCAACAACCAAAAACUCGGAUAUAGUGUUAAUAGUUGAAUAUCAUAAAGGAAAAAUCAUUUUAAAUGCAAUUGGAAUAGAAAAGAAAUUUUCAUUGAAAGCCGAACCAUAUAUAUAUACAGAGUAUAUAUGAAUACAGAGAGUUUUUUUUUUCGUUCGUUGGGUGAAUUGAUGUGAGUGAGUGAGAGAAUAAGCCUAAUCAAGAGGCCUGGAUAUUGAUUUUUUGUUCUAUAAAAAUUCAAAUAAGAAAAGUGAAAAAUCAAGUAAAAGAGUUCUUUUUUUGUUGAAUUUGAGAAAAAAUUAAUUGAAUUGGAGAAAAAGAAUCAACGCGUCAACAAAAAAAUUUGGAACGUUUUAAGAUUUUCUUUUGCGUGAGAAAACGAAGACGACGACGACGACGACGACCAUAACCACGGCACGUACAGAAAUUUACUGGUGGACAAUAAUUUUAUUUUGGUUCGUAAAUGAACGUUUCGGAUAAUAUUUACAGAACCAUUUGCACGUUUUCGAGCUGCUGGAAAAAGUAGUUUAAUUUUGGCAAAGCAAAGCUACAUUCAACGGAGUACGAAGCACAAAAUAGAACAACUAAAUUAACAACAGAAACAAAAGCACACACAAACACUCAAAAUUAAAGGGAAGAAGCAACAACAACCUACAAAAUUCGUUAAAAUGUCGAAUCAACCCAAGCAACGUAUUCAAGUUCCUGAUAGUCUUCGAGAUAUUUUACUGGAAUUUUCUAUAGCCUAUUUGCUUGAACAGCCCGGUGAUGUGAUUGACUAUGCCGUUGAAUUCUUUACCAAGCUGCAAGAGAAUAGAAAAUCAAAAAUUUCACAUGAUGACGUACCACCUUCACCGGAUGAAAGUAUAAUGUCAUUAGAUGAGGAGCCUUUAGUAAAUCGAUUCGCUACUCGACGCAAAUCCGUGUUCGCCGAAACCUAUGACCCAGAGAACGAUGCAGACGAAGAUGAAGGAGCCGCUGCAAUAUUCCCAAAAAGUGACGAGCAAAGAGCACGUUUGAUAGAAUCUGUUAAAAACAUCUUACUCUUUAGAUCACUGGACAAAGAACAAGUAAAUCAAAUACUGAGUUUUUUUUUUCAUUCAUCUUUCGAAUUUAACUAUGAAAGAAUGAAUUUGGCUGAUGCACUUGGACCAAAAUCAUUCAGCAAAGGUGAUAGAAUAAUUAAACAAGGUGACGCCGCUGAUGGUAUGUAUUUCAUAGAAGACGGAAGUGUUUCAAUCCGCAUCGAACAAGAUGCCGGAGAAGUGGAAAUUUCAGUAUUGAGCAAAGGUCAAUACUUUGGUGAAUUGGCAUUAGUCACACAUCGACCACGUGCUGCUUCUGCAUAUGCAGCAUCCGAUGUCAAAGUUGCAUUCUUGGAUGUUGACGCAUUCGAACGACUACUUGGCCCAUGUAUGGAUUUAAUGAAGCGUAGCAUUGGCGAUUACGAGACACAGCUCAUCAAAAUAUUUGGCAGCAAAAACAACAUCACAGACAUCCGAUAAAUAUUGAUCAAAUCCAAAGUCCGAUAAUAAUUUCUAUUUAUACAAUUAUUAAAAAAAAAUGAAAACAAAUCAUAGCUGAGCAAAAGAGAGAAAAAAACUAAGUAAACAAAAAAUUGGAAACUAGAACAAAAAAAAUGGAAAAAAUACAAUCAAACAAAAUUGGUUAAUACUUUUAUUUUCGAUUAAAAUAGUAAAAAAUUAAAUCAAAGCAAAGUAAAUAAUAUUGAAAUAAAAAAAUAAAGUAAACAUAUAAAAUAACUUCAAUUCAAAGAAAACAAAAACAACAGCAGCAAACAACAACAGCAAAAAAAAAUGCACAGCACAAAUGAAUUGAGAUGAGACAAUGGCUAGCGCGACCGAUCGUGUGUACAUGUGUUCCAAACCAUUUCUAUCAUAAUCAACUUUUCUGAUUAAAACAAAAAAAACAACAAAUAAUGACAUCACCGUGAGUGUAUGUCUAAAAGCGCGAAAAUUUGGAACAACGUGGACGCGACCGAUGAAAAUAGGGAAAAAAAAUGAAUGGAAAAAAAUGGUGUUCAUCGGCGGCAACAUCAAAUACAUACAACGCCAUAUAUUUCAUGCGAAGAAGAAGAAGAAGAAAAAAAAAUCAAUGGACCGUACAAAUAACAAGAAAAAAACGUCGAGCCACAAAUCGAUUUUGUGUUUUGUAUUUUACACACACCGAAUUUAAUCGUAUAGAAAAUUUUAAUUUUUUCAAACAAACAAAAACCCGUACAGACCAAAUAAACAACAAACCAACCGCCGCCGCCGCAGCAGCAGCAGCAGCAUCAACAGCAGCAUUCAAAAUACACACACACACACCAUAUAAACUUUAUGAACUCAUUUGUAACAACAACAAAAAUUAAUUCAAAUCAACCGUUACAACCAAGGGUGCAAAUCACACAAAUAUUUCAAACAAACAAACAAAAUAAUGAAGAAAAAAAUCAACCCCAAAAAAUCCCAUGAGUUUACACUAUAAUUUUAAUCAAUCAAAACUAAUGCAUUAAAAACAAGCAAUUUGUUUGAGGAGACAAGGUAGUUUAACAAUGAUAAACAAAACAAAAAAAAAUACAAGAAAAACCAAAAUGAAAAAAAAUAUAUUAAAAAAAAAUAUUGCGGCUAGAAGCCAGUGAAAGCUGUGUGCAUGUGCGUGAGGGCGAGAAAAAUUGAACAGAUAGAUAAAGCGAGAGCGAACGAACGAGCGAAAGAAAGAGAGAAACAAAAAAAUAAGAAAAAAAAGCAAAAAAAAAAACUUAUAUGACAUGAUACAAUGAAAAAAAGUAAAUAAAUUAAAAAAAAAUAUUAAAAAAAUUAAUAGUAUUACAAAAAGGCAUUGGGGCCUGGUGUGUGUAUGUGCGAAGGUCUAUAGGUCACUUCAGUCGCAUAGCUGCAACAGCUUGACGCUUUGCGCCCCGAACGCGCUUACAAAAUGAGAUAGAGGGAGAGAAAAAUAACAGAGCAAAAAGAAAAUGCAUAUAUAUAUACAUAGGUCCUGCCCAAUGAAUACAUAAUGUUGGUGUUGUAACACGAAAAAUAAACAAAAAAUAUUGUGUUAUUAUUGUAAGUGUUAUUAUUUAUUGAAGAGAAGAGAAAAAAAAACAAACCAAACAAACAACAACAAAAAACAAAUUUUACUUUUGUUUGCAUUUGAUGUACAAUUUUGUACAUGAAUUACUAAAUACUACAACUUUUUUUUUGUUUCGUUUUGUUUUUGAAAUUCUUAUUAUUUUUUUUCUUUUUUUUCUAUUUAUUUUAAAUUAAGUACAAACAAAAAAAAGGAAGAAGAAAAAAAAACAAACAUAUGUCAUUAUUUUGCAAAUUUUCAAAAGCGAUUUAGUAUUUCGGGGGGGAUAUUUUGCCAUUUCUCAUUAAUUUGAUUGAAAUAAUUAUUUACAUAUAUAUUUAUUCAUUUUGCCAUGAACAUGAACGUCAUAUCAAUCGGCUCAUGAACUUGAACAAAUAUAUAGAUAUAUUAAAACACAAAAUACACAGUGAGCGAGAGACAUAAAAACGGUUAAGUAGACAAAUUAACAAGAAAAUAAACUCUAGAGAAUGUUUAGUUGAUUUGCCCAAGUUCUCGUUGAAACGAACAUGAAGUGAAGAGGAUAGCGAAGGAAAAGGAGAAUAUACAUGAAUUUUUUUCGUUUUGUUUCUAACCACAAAUCAAUCAAAUUGUCCGAUAGAAGUGUAGCAAUAUGUUUAUAAUUUUAAUUUUAAACGCAAACACUGAGAAAAGUGUAUAAAAUAAACAAACAAAAACAAACCGUACAUUAACAUCAUUUAAUUUGUCAAAAUAAUUCUUUCCUGAUUACAUUAAGCAACAACAACAAAAUGAUUAUGGAAUACAAAGCUGAACAUAUUCAUAAAUUAAAUUGUACAAAAAAAACACACAAAAAA